UACGUUUUUUGGUGGUAAAGUUGCUGAAUUCUCUACUUCUCUAAUUUUAUCGAUCGAUUCGAUAUGGUUUGUUUUUGCUUUAUGGUGGAUCAGAAAAAGAUGAUGAGGCGAAGUAAGCCCGUGGCCGGUUCGUGUUCACGUUGCGGCCACGGAGCUCAAGUUGCUGAUAUGCGGACCGCUACCAGAUUUUGUUACGUCCCCUUUUACUGGAAAUCUUGGAAGGCUAUUGUCUGUUGUUUCUGCGGUGCUAUUCUCAAGUCUUACCGAUGAUAGUAAUAAUAAUAUCUAUGAACUUACCUAUAGUAGAUAUAAUUAUAUAGAAAUUCAGGACUUAAUAGUAAUUAUGGAGCCAUCAAGGUGAAAUUCCGAACUUCGUAAUCGUAUUGUACGAUUCGUACAUAUAUAGUCUUUUUGUUCAUGAUUUUGAUGAUGUCGAAUGGAACGUUUUUUUCUUUUCUGGAC